AAUACAAUAUUGACAGAUGUCGAUUUGAAUAAAAUGUCCGAUCUGGAAGAGAAAAAACGAUUAUAAGCCUCUUCAGCCAUUUGAUGCCAUGAAUGUACUCGAUCCAUAUUCAACAAGAAAAGUUGCAGAUACACAUACAGCUACAAGUGUUUUGGGUGGCCUUUCCAAAGGCAUCAAAGGUGGAUUGGACGGAGUAAUUAGCGGUGUUAGUUCAACAGUGGAUUCAACGAAACUAAAUACGUUUAACAAUAAUAGCAAGAAAAGUUUUGGUUUCAACUUAGCCUCAAAACUUGUGCCGAGUGUUAGUGGAUUACUUUCCAGCUCGAACAGACAGAACGAGGAAGAAAAAUUAUCUUCAACUACAUAUAAUACUUCAAUAUCGUUAGCAGACAAUUCGGUCGAAAUACUUAAUUCAAAGCAAAUGUAUACAGCAUCGCUUCUUGACAAAUCCGACUUAAGCCGCAACAACAAUGGGACUGCUAUUUUGGGAAUUGUAAGAAGCAACAUCAAUUCCAAUACAGACUUUGACAUCAACCGCACGGAUGAACUUAUUUUCUCCUCGACUGAUUUAAUAAACUCAGAUAAUUUGGAAAUGCAAGUUCUUGAUAAUGAUUAUGCCAAUUAUGAUAUUUUAGAAUAUCAAACAACAAGAAACAAUGAUAAUGGAGAGAACGAUUGCUUGCAACAGAAUGAUUUUUUUAAGUCAACACCAACAAAUAUUAUUAGUAUUGGCUUGAAUGAUGUAAUUACUUUAAAUAAAAAUCAAGAAACAGUAACGGUAACUAAAACAACAAAUGAAAUUAACAAGAAAAGUGGAUCUAACAAUACUAGUGGUGGAGGAGUGUUUGGAAGCCUUUUUGGUAAAGCGGCAGCAGCUGUUCAAUCCGCUACUCAGGCGGUCAAUCAGAGUGCUUCCUCCGUGGCUUCAGCUGUAGCUCAAAAGACAUCAAAUACGUUAGCAAAUAGCAAAUCCAUUCCAGUGGCAAGUGUAUCAACAAUAUUGUAUUCGAAUAAUACAACCGCUACUAUAGCUUCAAGCUCGAACACUACUUCCUCAAUAAUUGAUGAAUGUGAAUAUCAUGAGUAUAAUAAAAUGUUGCUAAAGGAAGAAACAUCGUCCAAUCAAUAUUCGAAUACUGGUGAUGAUUACACGAAUAGUAAUACUCCGGGUAUACUCGGAUAUAAUAUGUCAAUGCCAAUGACAAUGGCUCCGCCAGUGGUCUCUAAAAAUGACAAUAUUCACUAUUCAGAUGAAAAUAAUCAGCAAAAUGGUGUUGUAGCACCAGCAGGCCAAAAAAUAUUACCUACGGUGCCGUCAGUGGGAUCCACUGGCAAAAAACUGCCCACCCUUAAUGGUAAAUCAGGACUAUUGAUUAAACAACAGCCAACUGAAAUUUUUGAUGAUGAAUCCGAAGACGACGAUAUCAUUAAUGAUUUUAUGCUAGCCAAUCGACAAUCUGAGAUGAACCAUAAGGAAAAAUAUUGCAUGAUCGAUAGUGAGCAGGAUGAUUACUUUUUGGAUUCUCAGCUGACGACACCGUCUAGUCGAAGAGCAACCGAUUAUUAUGAUAAUGUCAACACAAGUUAUAAUUAUCGAGAAGACUUCUUUAACGAAGAGGAUGAAUAUAAGUAUCUUGAACAUCAAAGGCUGUUAAAGCAAGAGCAAUUUCAUCAGCAUCAAGAACAACAGGAGCUGCAACAAACAAAAAACCAAAAACAGUCAUUAGAUUACAUAGACAAUCAUCAACCAGACGAAGAUGAGAACGAUAACGAUAACGAUGACUUCUUGGACGAAAACUAUCCGAGUGAUGAAGACUGCGGAAAUUAUUUAGAUGAGACCUCCAGCGGCAGUGUUGGUGGUAUUAUAGGUGCACGAAAGUUCAUUCAUGGUAAUAACAAUCAUUCUAUAUCAACGACUAACGCCAGUAUCAGUACUGCCGAGCCAACUGCUUUAGGGUGUAUUCACACCAUUACCGCGGUUACAAACAUUCCUCCGCAAUUGCUAACACCAUCUCAUCAUCAAAUCAAAAAGCAGGACAGUAUUGUUAUUGAAGAAGAUAAUUCUUUACUGAUGGAUUUAGUUGACGACCGUCAAGUGACCUCAAACGCAUCUCAUGAUUAUAAUCACGACGUGGAUAUCGACGACGAUGAUAAAUUAGCUGAUCUGAUGCCGACAAGAACCAAGUCGCAAAACAAAAAGAUUCUCAUGCGGGGCGAAACUGAAGAAGUCGUCAGCGGUCACAUGCAAAUACUGCGAAAACCAGAAAUAUCGGCAAAACAAAGAUGGCACUGGGCUUACAACAAAAUUAUUAUGCAGUUAAAUAAUGGCACUGGGCCAGGCGAUGUGGGGCUACGUUCUAAUGGUCAUCCAGGCGAUAAUCCAUUUUACAGCAACAUUGACAGUAUGCCUGACAUUCGGCCAAGACGUAAAUCUAUUCCCCUUGUCUCUGAAUUGACCAUGGCAGCCACUAAACGAAAUGCAGGGCUGACAUCCGCAGUUCCGAGAGCCACACUCAAUGACGAAGAAUUGAAAAUGCACGUAUAUAAGAAAGCACUACAGGCCCUAAUCUACCCUAUCUCAUCAACAACGCCACAUAACUUUGUUCUGUGGACGGCUACAUCACCGACAUAUUGUUACGAGUGUGAGGGUCUACUCUGGGGUAUUGCUCGUCAAGGAGUGCGCUGUACCGAAUGUGGGGUUAAAUGUCACGAAAAGUGCAAGGAUCUAUUAAACGCUGAUUGUCUUCAGCGUGCCGCUGAGAAAAGCUCGAAACAUGGAGCCGAGGAUAAGGCCAAUUCGAUAAUUACUGCCAUGAAAGAACGUAUGAAGCAUCGGGAACGCGAAAAGCCCGAAAUCUUUGAAUUAAUCAGAGCCGUAUUCAGCAUUGAAGAUAAAAGCCACACCGGUCAUAUGAAAGCUGUGAAGCAAAGCGUUCUGGAUGGUACCAGUAAAUGGUCGGCGAAAAUAGCAAUCACAGUGAUUUGUGCUCAAGGCCUGAUAGCGAAGGAUAAAAGCGGAACCAGUGAUCCAUAUGUGACGGUGCAGGUUAGCAAGGUGAAAAAACGAACGCGCACAAUGCCACAGGAACUAAACCCUGUGUGGAACGAGAAGUUUCACUUCGAGUGUCACAACUCAUCAGAUCGCAUCAAAGUUCGCGUAUGGGACGAGGACAACGAUCUCAAAUCAAAAUUGCGUCAAAAACUGACACGAGAAUCGGAUGAUUUUCUUGGACAAACUAUAAUCGAAGUGCGAACCCUAUCCGGAGAAAUGGAUGUUUGGUAUAAUUUAGAGAAGCGUACGGAUAAAUCAGCCGUAUCUGGAGCCAUUCGACUGCAUAUCUCAGUCGAAAUUAAGGGGGAGGAAAAGGUGGCCCCGUACCACGUGCAAUACACUUGUUUACAUGAAAAUCUAUUUCACUAUUUAUGUGAAGAAAAUUGCGGCAUGGUUAAAUUACCAACUCAAAAAGGCGAUGACGCAUGGAAACUUUAUUUUGACGAUAUCCCUGAAGAAAUCGUGGAUGAAUUCUCAAUGCGAUAUGGUAUAGAAAAUAUUUAUCAGGCAAUGACACAUUUUCAUUGUCUCUCCGCAAAAUAUCUUUGUCCGGGAGUUCCAGCUGUGAUGAGCACACUACUAGCGAAUAUAAAUGCAUAUUAUGCACAUACGACGGCAUCUUCCGCUGUUUCGGCUAGCGACCGUUUUGCAGCAAGCAACUUUGGAAAGGAAAAGUUUGUGAAACUGUUGGACCAACUGCACAAUUCUCUCAGAAUAGAUCUAUCAAUGUACAGGAAUAAUUUCCCAGCGUCGAGUCAAGAGAAACUUAUGGACCUAAAAUCUACCGUUGAUCUAUUGACCAGUAUAACAUUUUUUCGAAUGAAGGUUCAGGAACUGUCCAGUCCGCCAAGAGCAAGUACUGUGGUCAAGGAUUGUGUGAAAGCUUGCCUCCGAUCCACUUAUCAAUUUCUUUUCGAAAACUGUUACGAGCUUUACAAUAGAGAGUUUCAGGUUGACCCGAAUGAAGCUAAGCGCGAUACCGAUGACCAUGGACCUAAAUUAGACAGCGUGGACUUUUGGCAUAAACUUAUUGCACUUAUUGUCUCAGUUAUUGAUGAAGACAAGAACAGUUAUGGAACUGUACUCAAUCAAUUUCCUCAAGAAUUAAACAUUGGACAGUUAUCGGCUGCUACCAUGUGGGGUCUGUUUGCAGUUGAUAUGAAGUAUGCCCUUGAAGAGCACGAACAGCAUCGGCUCUGCAAGUCAUCAGCGUAUAUGAAUUUACAUUUUCGCGUCAAAUGGCUAUAUAGUAACUAUGUUAAGGAAGUACCACCCUAUAAAGGAGCAGUUCCAGAGUACCCAGCAUGGUUUGAACCAUUUGUUAUGCAAUGGCUUAAUGAAAAUGAUGACGUAUCGUUAGAGUACCUUCAUGGUGCUUUUAAUCGUGAUAAAAAGGAUGGGUUUCAAAAAAGCAGCGAACAUGCUUUGUUUUCAAAUUCGGUUGUUGACGUUUUCACUCAAUUGACUCAGUGCUUUGACGUUGUUAGUAAGCUGGAGUGCCCAGAUCCAGAAAUUUGGAAACGUUACAUGAGACGUUUUGCCAAAACCAUUGUAAAAGUCCUAAUUGCCUAUGCUGAUAUAGUAAAAAUGGAGUUUCCUGAGCACAUGAGAGACGAACGAAUUGCCUGCAUAUUAAUGAACAACAUUCAACAGUUAAGAGUUCAAUUAGAAAAAAUGUUUGAGUCAAUGGGCGGUGAUAAGUUAGAAGAGGAUGCCGCCAACAUUCUUAAAGAACUGCAACAGAACUUAAAUUUGGCACUUGACGAAUUAGCUUCGCAAUUUGCAAUAAGCUUGGAGCCACGCAUAACCCAGUCGGUUCGAGAACUGGGUGACAUGUUGCUAUCAAUUAAGGGUGGUGGCGGUAAUAUCGCUCCCGGAAAUCAGGCGGCACAAAGGAAUGCUGUUGCCGUCGAGGCAGAUGAUGUGCUUCGACCACUAAUGGAUCUUCUUGAUGGAUCGUUAACAUUGUAUGCCCAGUCCUGUGAAAAGACGGUGCUUAAACGUUUACUGAAAGAACUAUGGAAGAUAGUUAUGCGAAUUUUGGAAAAGACAAUUGUACUACCCCCAAUGACUGACAAAACUAUGAUGUUCAAGCACUUGACCGACAAUGCAAAAAAUUUGGCAUCAAAUGCAAAAAUUGAAGAUAUGGGCCGACUAUUUAAAUCGCAUAUGGCUGGAAAACCAGACGUAAAGAGUGCCCUCAGUGGUGUUAUGGAUAUUUCAAAAGAAGUUGAAAAGAAUUUAUCUCCAAAACAAUGUGCUGUUCUUGAUGUUGCUUUAGACACCAUAAAACAAUACUUCCAUGCUGGGGGCAAUGGACUGAAAAAGACGUUUCUUGAAAAGUCAUCAGAGCUGCAAAGCUUACGAUAUGCACUUAGCUUGUAUACUCAAAUGACAGAUACGUUAAUUAAAACAUUCAUUUCAAGCCAGGUGAAUGAAGUUGAUCCUGAAAAUGCAGAUGAAAGUGUUGGUGAAAUUUCUGUACAAAUCGACCUAUUUUCUCAUCCUGGCACCGGCGAACAUAAAGUGAACGUUAAAGUUGUGGCUGCUAAUGACUUAAAGUGGCAAAUACCGUCCGGAAUGUUUAGACCAUUUGUGGAAAUAAAUCUCAUUGGACCGCACCUUCAAGAUAAAAAGAGAAAAUUUGCAACCAAAUCAAAGUCAAAUAACUGGUCUCCUAAGUAUAACGAAUCAUUUAGCUUUGCUAUUGGCAAUGAAGAGCAGCUUGAUUUCUUCGAACUUCACAUUUGUGUUAAGGACUAUUGUUUUGCACGUGAAGAUCGGCUAGUGGGAGUUGCUGUGAUACCUUUAAAGGAUAUUUCUGAAAAGGGAUCAGUGGCUUGUUGGUUGCCCUUACAAAGACGCAUUGAAAUGGAUGAAACUGGUUGGACAAUAUUAAGAAUACUAUCACAACGCAAUAAUGAUGAAGUGGCCAAGGAAUUUGUUAAACUUAAAUCUGAAAUUCGACAAGAGCCCACAAUGGGCACAUAAGCAUUCGUAUGUCAAUGCAAUCCAAAAGCGAAACCCUAAUGAAAUAAAAGGGUAUUCAUAUUAUCACCAAUAUUUUAAACAUUCACAUACAAAUAGUUAAUUGAACUUGAAAUACAUAAAUAAAAACAUACAUCUAAAUAUAAUCUGUGCAUAAUGAUAUUAUUUAUCAUUCUUGGUUAUAUAAAUGGCUCAAUCCAAAUAUCGAUUGUAAGGCAAAAAACUCACACAAGCAAAUCUCUCUAACAAAAUAAACAUGUAAACAUUUUGUAAACCUGAAUCUUUAAAACAUUCAUUCAUUUGUAUACUAUUUUUCUGAUACUAAAAUCAUUUGCACAUAUUUCUAAUUUUGUAAAUAACUAAUUGUAUAAAUAUAAUUUAUGUCCCAACAAUUUGUUAAAUAU